ACACGCAUCCUCAUAGAUAGAGAGAGAGAGGGAGAUUUGUGGGAAAUCGAACUUUCCACUUCCGGGGAUUUAAACUAUGAAUUUCGCUUUCGCUUUCAGAUGUCUGGAGCUAAUAUUUCUCCCCGUCCGGUGACUCUCUCCGAUUUGAUCCUUGCUGUUCAAUUUCAAUUCUUAUGAAUGAAAUUCACAGAUAUGACGGGAUUUCCUCGGCCUAGUGAUCCUACCCCAUCUUCGUCCUCGUCUUCCUUUAGUUCCAACAGCAGUGGAAAAAAUGUAUUUAAUUUGUUAGCGCAUAGAGAGAUUUCUGCAAGAUCAAAACAUGUACCGAAACAGCACUGGGGAGAAGCUUCUGAACCAAAAACUGGUUCUUGCCCUCAUACUAAAAACGAUGCUGUGAGAGAUUCGAAAUGCAGUCUCCUCUCAUGGAUUGAGGCGGAGUCAUUGCGGCAUCUAUCAGCUAAAUAUUGUCCUUUGUUGCCUCCCCCACGAUCUACUAUUGCAGCAGCGUUUAGUCCAGAUGGAAAAGUGCUUGCAUCGACACAUGGUGACCAUACUGUAAAGAUAAUUGAUUGGGAAACUGGAAGUUGCUUAAAUGUGUUAAUUGGCCAUAGAAGGACCCCUUGGGUGGUUAGGUUCCAUCCGCUGCAACCGCAUAUACUUGCUAGUGGGAGCUUGGAUCAAGAAGUUCGCUUAUGGGAUGCUAACACAUCAAAAUGCAUACUAUUUCACCAUUUCUAUCGCCCCAUUGCAUCCAUUGCUUUUCAUGCUGAAGGGGAAAUACUUGCCAUUGCAUCAGGCCACAAGCUGUACAUAUGGCAUUACAACAAGAGAGGUGAAGGAUCCUCACCAACAUUUGUGUUGAAGACGAGGCGUUCACUUCGGGCUGUUCACUUUCACCCGCAUGCAGCACCAUAUCUUUUAACUGCUGAGGUCAAUGAUCUUGACUCUCCAGAUUCCUCAAUGACGCGGGCUACAUCUCCUGGUUAUUUACAAUAUCCUCCACCUGCUGUGAUUGUUGCAAAUAUUCAUUUUAAGGAACAUAUUGCUUUUCCCAGCGGUGAAUUACCUUAUUUGUCAUUGCCAUUUUUCUUCUUGCCUUCAUUUAAUGUUGAUGAUUCAAGAAUGGAAACACAUAAUGCUAGUCUUGUUGCUGGUUCAGAGAACAUGCAAAUUGAAUCUUCUGCCUCAGCACAGUUUCAAGCAGUCACAAAUGCUACAGAGCAAUAUAAUAAUAUUGUGUCUCCCAUGGACACAGUCUCUGAGAUUCCUACUAGCUCUCAAACUGGUACAGAAUGUGCUGUCCAUAGUACCUUCUCUAAUGGAAUGGGAACUGGUAUCAGUAACCUUGCUGUGGAUGGUAUGGAGACUGAUGAAACAGUACCAACUGAAGGAAGCCAACAUGGAAACUCUACAAAUGUCGAUUCUCUGAGUAAUGUGCUGCAUGGUUUAUACAGACAGACAACAAAUCAUGAGGCUCUUAAUGACUUGGGUCAAUUUCACCGUUUUUUCCCCUCAAGGGACCCAAGUGGAUGGGAGCUACCCUUUCUGCAAGGAUGGUUAAUGGGUCAAGGCCAAGUUGGUGUCCCCUUGGUGCUUCCUCAUCUGAGUGGUAGUCGGGACAGCUUAGCUCAGAUGGGUUCUUCCCCCAUGGCAUCUAAUUUGUCUCCUCAUGAUGAUGAAGCAACAACUUCAUCUUCAGCUAUUCCAGGAAGCACAAGUAUACCAGGAGCUCCAGGGAGAUCUGGUUGGCGGAGUUAUUUUCCACAAUCUCAAGUUCCUGCAUCUGUAUCUGGCAAUAUGGCCUCUUCCAUUAACAUCCCGCAUGGUGGUCCUGACAUUCAAACCAUUAUAAGUCGGAUUCAGUCAGAACUUGCCACAUCAGUAGCUGCCGCAGCUGCCGCAGAGCUGCCUUGCACAGUGAAGCUCAGAGUAUGGUCGCAUGACAUAAAAAAUCCCUGUGCCCCACUAAAUGGCGAAAGGUGCCGCCUUGCAAUACCACAUGCUGUCUUGUGCAGUGAAAUGGGUGCCCAUUUUUCACCAUGUGGUAGGUUUCUGGCUGCAUGUGUUGCAUGUAUGCUUCCUCAUGUAGAAGCUGAUUCAGGAUUACAAACUCAAGUACAACAUGAAUCAGGAGUUGCAACAUCCCCAACACGACAUCCAAUCUCCGCACACCAGGUUAUGUACGAGCUUCGCAUAUAUUCACUUGAGGAGUCAACAUUUGGAAUGGUGCUUGCAUCGCGGGCAAUUAGAGCAGCUCACUGUCUGACUUCUAUUCAGUUCUCACCCACAUCUGAGCACAUACUUCUUGCCUAUGGUAGACGCCAUGGAUCUCUUCUUAAAAGCAUUGUUAUUGAUGGAGAAACAACGCUACCUGUAUAUACUGUGUUAGAGGUAUACAGAGUGUCAGAUAUGAAACUCGUCAUGGUGCUUCCUAGUGCAGAGGAUGAGGUCAAUGUAGCAUGCUUUCAUCCUUUUCCUGGGAGAGGGCUUGUUUAUGGAACUAAGGAAGGAAAGCUUAGGGUGCUCCACUACGAUGGAGCUAAUGCGGUAAAUGGGGCUAAAGCAAGUUACUUACCCGAGGAGAACAUUAUUGGAGUCAACUAACAAGUAAGGUUUAGAAGCAUGACUGGAGGUAGAAUGCUACGAACUGCUUCGCAUCACCUGUACUUCUGAGAUGAUGCCCCAUGAUCUGCCCGAGCAAACAUACUGGAUUGCUGAGUGCAUGCAAUGCAGCCCAUCAAAUGCUGGGACCUCACACUCACUUCCCCAGAAGCUGUACAGUUUGUAUUAUUCAUGUACUAACAUGCUCUCUCUCCACAUUUGCAUUCCCUAUUCCUCCAAACCCCCCCCCCAAAAAGUGGGUUUUUCUUUUUCAUUUUACACAUCCUGUGUACAAGGAGUUGCCCAAAAAAAGGAAAAAGAAAUUUAUCUUCACUGAAAGCUUUGAUG